UCGUACGCCCCAUACACUCAUUUCAUGCAAAUCCAAGUUGAUUGAUUGACCACAACUUGAGAGAAAGAGAGUAGUGUGUGUGAGUGUAAGAGUGAGCGAAAAUAUGAAGGGCUCUUUGUUGCUUGUUCUUGCCCUAGCUUUAGUGGUUGCCCGAACCACGGCUAGGAACGUCCCUAAGGCCGGGAAAGCCCCUAAGGCCGGGACCGGCCUCGACGACCAGAAGAACUUUGUCGUGGGUGGUGGAGUCGGGGGGCUUGGGGGAGUCGGUGGGAAUGGUGUGUACGGUGGAGUUGGAGGUCUAGGUGGAAUCACGGGACUGGGCGGCACUGUAGGUGGCGGUGCAGGGAUCGGCGGUGCCACGGGCCUCGGUGGGGCUGGCGGCCUGGGCGGUGUUGGUGGAGGAGUUGGUGGACUGGGCGGCCUCGGGGGUGGUAGCGGGCUUGGGGGUGGUGUAGGUGGCCUCGGUGGCGGAGCUGGUGGCCUCGGUGGCGGAGCUGGUGGCCUCGGUGGCGGAGCUGGUGGCCUCGGUGGCGGAGCUGGUGGCCUCGGUGGCGGAGUUGGUGGCCUCGGCGGCGGCGUUGGUGGCGGCGUCGGAGGAGGUGCCGGCGGUGGGGCUUUGCCGUGUCCUUGAAGAGUUUAAUAAUAUCUUACUGCGUACAAUGGUCUUUUCGUUUUGACUAUGACAGUACGUUUAUGUGAUUUUUUCUUUUUUUUUGGGGUUAUAUUUAUGUGUACGUUUUUGUGUUCUUAGGUGUUUGGGAGUUGCCUAAGUACGUUGUGUGGAAAUGUCUUUCGUCAUGUGUUGUGCUCUUUCUUUAGCUUUGUCCAUCUAAUAUUCCCAUGUUUCUCCUUUUUAUAAAUGAAACACCUUCCUUCCAUC